GCGGAUCGAGUCACGAGCUGCGGCAGCCGGGGCAGCGCUGGCAGAGGGUCCGACCCGAACGAGCGCUGCCAGCCCCCAGCUGCCCACAAUGUCCCGUUGUUCGCAGCCCGAACAAAGGCUGUUGUUGGAGCCUAAUGCGGGCUCGGGCCGGGGGGGCACGGCCAGAGCAGGGCAGGGAGGGGGAGCAGAGCCCGGAGCCACAAGGAGCUUCCAGGGAUUGCGGCUCCCGGCUCCUGGAGGCUUCUGAGAGCUGCGGCAGGUCCGGCACAGCCGCGGUGUCCGAGCGCCGUGCGGGACACACCGGACACUCUGGACACACCGGACACUCUGGACACGCUGGACACGCCGGACACGCUGCCCUAGGGCUCGGAUCCUGGCUGGCCCCAGCCCCGCAGGGCGCUGUGAGCGGGACGGGACCCACGAGGAUCGCCAGUGUCCCUGUGUCCCUGUGUCCUGUGUCCCUGUGUCCCUGCACCGCCCCGCGAUGGAGCCGGCUCCGGAGGUGAAGAGGAAUAGUUUCCCCAGCAUGAACUUUGAAGCAGAGAUUCUGACAACUCCACACGAUAAUUCAGAGCUCUACAUGAUCCCUUCCAUGAGGAGCCUCACAGCUGAGGAGUAUGUGGAGGCCUUCAAGUCCUUCUUGGAUCACUCAACAGAGCACCAGUGCAUGGAUGAGUUCAACAAGGAACAAAUGCCCAACAUCAUGGCUAGUCUUGGCCCUGGGAAAUCGACCAUCAGCGUUCUGGGAGUUGGGAGUGGCACAGGUGAGCAGGAUUUGAAAAUGAUCAGGAUACUGCAGGCUGUGCACCCAGGGGUCUUUAUUGACAAUGAGGUUGUGGAGCCCAACCCACAGCACGUGGCAGCUUACAAAGAGCUGGUGAAUCAGGCCCCAGACCUGCAGAAUGUUUCUUUUAUUUGGCACCAACUCACUUCCCUGGAGUAUGAACAGCAGGUGAAGGAGAAAGGCACACAUAAGAAAUUUGACUUCAUCCAUAUGAUCCAGAUGCUGUACCGUGUGGAGGAUAUUCCCAAUACUAUCAAAUUUUUCCACAGCUGCCUUGACCAUCACGGUAAACUCCUGAUCAUAAUUUUAUCAGUGACCUUGCCCGGUGUCCCGGCAGACAGCAGCGGGUGGGCCAGCCUGUGGAAGAGGCACAGGGACUGCCUGCCCGCCACCGACAGCGGGCACUACAUCACCUGCAGCGGCAUCACCGAGGUGCUGCGGCGGCUCGGGGCGCAGCACCGCGUGUUCGAGCUGCCGUCGGGCUGGGACAUCACCGAGUGCUUCACCGAGGGCGACGCGCUCGGCGGCCGCAUGAUGGAUUUCCUGACGGGCACCAAAAACUUCCUGGGCACGGCGCCGGCGGCGCUGCGGCGGCGGCUGCAGGAGGCUCUGUGCCAGCCCGAGUGCAGCAGCACCAGGGACGGCAGGGUCAUCUUCAGCAACAACCUCAGCAUGAUCGUCGUGGAGUCCUAGAGCCACGAGCUUCCCUGGACUUCUUUUUUAACACUUUGCAUCCUGCUGUGCUCUCGCUGGGACUGCCACUUUUCCAUGUUGGCACACCUAUGGAUGAGUCUGUGCGACCUCUGCAGCUGGGACAGUGCUGGCUGUGUGUGACACCCUGUUGGAAUCCGCUAUCCAAGAUGUAUUGAUAAUGGUAUGCCCCACGUUGGGCACCAAUUGCCCAUUGUCUGAGGCUCACCCUGCACCCCGUUAGCUCUGUAGCAGGGAAAGCCUGAGACACCAGCAUGAACAGGGGUCAAAGAUACAAAAGAGGCUCUUUUCCCCCUGGGGGUUCCAUGGUUUAUUUCUUCAUGGUGUCCAGGAGGCAAAAGAGGAAGAUCCCCAAGGACAGGGAUCUUUUCUAGGGUCAGGAAGAGGUGGGGGAAGUUUGGCACCCUGCCAAUAGGACAAGGCAGAGGGGAGGGGGUCAGACCAUAGGUGUGACAGGGGUCACAGAGUCAAGGGACACACCAUUCUUAAUACAUCUUGGAUAGUGGAUUACAACAACACCCACUGCUUCCAUGUGUGGCAGGGCAAAGCCAGCAGCAUGUCCCUGCUGCUUUGCACCCGGAUAAUGUCACUGCACCCAGGCCUGAGCUCUAAGUUGCUCUGCACUAGGCAAUUUCACAUGGUUUUAUCAGCGUAGGCAUUUACUGCCCCAAGUCUCUCAGCGCCUCACAAUAUAGACAUGUCUUAAAAAUUUAUCAGCCUUUUUGUUUGGAGAAUAUUUUGGAACCCAGGAUGAUACUUGUCCUGUGCUCUUCCAGGCAGACAUUAAUUUUGUUACUUUCUUACUACUGUUUGUCUCCAUAUAAAAUAAAAGUGAUCUUAAAACAAAAAAGUCA